AUGCAAUUGUUGGUUUUGGACUCUUCAAUAGACUCGUUGGUGACGUGGUCCGCUGCCGAAUGUGUCUGCGACAGUGUUCCAACCGUCGUCCUUGCCUCGAUAUCCACGGAGUCGGAUUUGCGUUCAAAUAAAUGUCGCAACGAGGUCCACGCGCUUAAGUGUCUGCAGGAGUUGCCUCUACUUUGUUCUAAGCUAGAAUCCCAGGAUGCACAUUCCGUGAAGCUGUUUACCGAACAUAUCGGCAAGCACACCUCGCAACCGUCAGAGGAUGUCUUGAAGCAUCUCUUGAAAACUUUGAACGAGGUGCCCGUGAGGCCGCUGUUGUUUGCGGUGGAUUCUUCGGUGGCUGACGUGUUGCCCAUAUUCGGUUGCAACGCAGUAUUGAAGUAUUACGUUGAGGGUCAGGGUGUGUGCGGCAAGAGCAGCUGCGAUCUGUAUACGCCAACGUAUGAACAGUCCGCAUUUGACUGGUUUUCGUGGACCUCGCAAUUGCGCCUUUUGUGCAAAAAGAACGCAUCUGUCGAUUUGAGAGCGUUGUUAUCGCAGUUUGACGCCUAUCUGCAUGGCCAACAAGAAUGUGACAUUAAGGUUGGCAUCGGCUCGGUGGUUAUCACACUGUGUCUGCUAUGGUACGAAACCAAACUAGAGUUCCUCGGGUGCAAUUUGGACAUGUUCAGCCACAUAAGGCAGUACAUUUCGGCGGUGUUGACUGCGACGGCGAAUGUGGAGAGGUACCGUUGCCUGCACACGUUCUAUAGACUGCACGGCACGUGUGCUGCUCCUGAGAGAUCCCUCGCCUCAUCUAGGGAGUUGGAGUCAUUAUGCCGCGAUUUCAUCGAUCGGAAGUUCUACGUCACAACUGCGUUGGCGUACACGAACGGACCUCCGCACAUCGGCCACACGUACGAGAUCGUGACCUCGGAUGUUUUGGUUCGUUACUUUAAGGCGUUUGGUAUGAGUACUACGCUUCUGGCUGGCACUGAUGAGCACGGUCUCAAGGUUGCAACUACGGCCGAGCGUAGCGGAAUGCACCCAAUUGAGCUCGCCGACUACUACUCCGCCAAGUUCCGGGAGAACAACGCCGCGCUUUUGACCGACGCGUCUCUUUUCGUGCGCACUACUGAGCGCCGCCACCACCAUUCGGCGCAGAAGAUUUGGAGGAUUUUGAGGGAUAGAGGGGACAUAUACCUUGGAGAGUACAGCGGUUGGUACAACGUCCGGGAGGAGACUUUCCUCACUGAGGUCGAGGCCGCAGCGACUGACUACAAGGACCCCCUGUCAGGCAAGCCUUAUACUCUUAUGAAGGAAUCGAGUUACUUCUUCCGCAUGAGCAAGUACCAGCAGCAGCUAAUCGAUAAGCUAAGCGGCGACCCGCUGUACCUGCAGCCCGAGUCCGCACGCAAUGAAAUAUUGAGCCGUCUGAAGAAGCCCCUCGAAGACCUGUCUGUGAGUAGGUGUAACUUCAGCUGGGGAAUUCCAGUUCCCGAUGACCCUUCACAUGUGAUGUACGUUUGGUCCGAUGCGUUGACCGGCUACUUGAGCGGCAUUGGUUUCGGCGACUUCGAUGACAUCAGCCAGCUGAAGCUUUGGCCACCUGAUGUUCAGGUGAUUGGAAAAGACAUCAUUUGGUUCUUCGCGGUGAUUUGGACAUCGAUUCUGAUGUCUUUGGACGUCCCGUUGCCUAGGACUAUUUUCGCCCACGGCUUUAUCACUGCCGCUGACGGGCGUAAAAUGAGCAAAUCUCUGGGCAAUGUGGUUCACACCAAAGAGCUCUUGGUGAAAUAUGGUGCGGAUAGUCUGCGUUACUACCUCAUUCGUGAUUCCGUCUUCGGUUCAGAUGUGAAGUUUGACCUCUCCUCGAUGGCGGAUUUACACAAUGCUGAUUUGACUGACACCAUUGGGAACCUGGUGCAUCGUAUCACGACGUUAUGCACCAAGUUCUGUAGCGGGUCCAUCCCUCCCGUCGCGGAAAAGUCGUCCCCGCGCCCCUUUGACAUGGUGGACGUGGCCGCCAAGACCCUGAAGCACUUGCAGGAUUUCGCACUGCAGGAUGCGCUGUUGAGCGUCAUAGAGGCCUUCAGGGACACUAACAAAUACUUGACUGACCGUGAGCCGUGGGCCAAGGGUUCCGCGUUAACUCGGCAUGACACGAUCCGCAACGUGCUUGAGGCGAUUUACUUUCUGAACCAUCUAAUGCAGCCGGUGAUUCCUCAAGCGGCGUCUGUAGUUUUCAAGAAGCUGAAUACGCCGCCGAAGAUUCACAUAGGCCUUUUGUCGGCUGACUACGACAACCUGAGGGAGGGCACUAACGUGGUCGUCGGGGACAUUCUGUUUCAGAAGGUUGUCGCUGCUGACAAAAGCGCGUAA